CGGGGGUUUUCUAUUACCGUUGGCAACAUUUAAACUGAAGAAAAAUAACCUCAAAAAUUUCUUACCAGUAAAAAUGUAUUUAACUCAAAUAAUACGGGUUCCUUGUAGACUACUGAGUAAUUUAACUUCAAGCAAAUUAGCCCCCUUCAAACAGAUUUCUCAGAGAAGAACAUUUUUUAAUUUCUUUAAAAAACCAAGAAUUGAAGAACUUAAGUUAAAGGAUAAUAUCCCCGAUGAAUACAAUUUAAUCUACAAAAGUACUAUGAACAAUUAUUUGGUAAUUGCUCAAUAUGUAGGAGGAAUUUCAACAAUUGCUGUGGGAUUUAUGGUUUUAAAAACCCUCUACAAACCUGCUGUGCUACCCAAUCAAGAUAUUCCAUCUCUAUAUACUAAAGCUAGGCCAAUAGACAAUGAAGUUUAUGUUUAUUUUGCAGUAUUAACUGGAAUCAUACUUGUUAUUCAAUUACUGGUUAGUAAAGUACCUAUUCGGAUAUACAAUUAUCCCAAAAGGAAAGAAUAUGUUUUUGUUUUUAAUGGUAACACACCUUUAAAAAGUAAAAAAGUGUAUUGUAAGACUGGGGAAGUGUAUCCUGCUUUUCAUAAUAGUUUCAUGCCUUGGAAAGAAUGCAAUUAUGAAAUAAAGAACAAACAGGAAAUAAUAAUAGUCGAGGAAAAUUUCCAAAGACCUGCUGAUCUCUACAUAAUGAUGGGGGUUCAACGGGAUAAAAGUGAGGCUGAAGAAUAAGUAAAAGUAAUGAAAAUAACAAAUGUAUUUAUUCAAAAAAGGAUUUUUUUAUUUUGUAGAUAGAUAAUAAAAGCAGCAGACUCAAAUAAACAACUUUUAUUCAAAACUUGUUCAUUACACUGAAUAGGUUACAGAU